AUGCCUUCGCUUAACGUUGAUCUUCUUAAUUCGGCACUGUCUGCCAUGAUGGGAACCCAUAAAUUCGUAUCAGAGAAGGAAUUUCGGGAACAAGACCAAUACUAUGCUUCUUAUGAGCAAGUCGACUUGAACUCGUUCCAUCAAGCUAACCGUGUCGGCGAUGAUGUCGACUCAAUAGUCAAACAAAGCAUAUAUCAGCAAGUCGACUUGGGCUCGCUUCAUCAAGUUAACCUUGUCGGUGGUGAUGUCGGCUCCACUAUCAACAAACGAAGUGUUUCUCAUACCCACAAUGUGCCAGAAAUCAGACGAGGAAUGCAGAUUUUCGUUAAAACCCUUACUGGGAGAACUCUAACUUUGGAAUGCCAAGCAAGUGAUACCAUAGACAAGGUAAAAGAAUUAAUUCAGAACGUAGAUGGCAGUGAGCCAUAUCAACAGAGGCUUAUUUUUGCAGGCAAACAACUGGAAGAUGGCCGCAUGCUUGAAAGUUAUAACAUUCAGAAAGAGAGCACAUUACAUAUGGUUCUACGUCUUCGUGGUGGUGGUGGAUGCAUCAUCAGUUAUUUACCCUCAAGUGCUUUGGACCUGAGCUACGAUUAUGAUUUCACACACAUUAAAGAUAUUGGAUUGACUUAUACGCGAGGAAAGGUUCCGUAUCGAAGACCGUGCGGAUGGCAACGUUUUGCUUUAAAGGUCAAUGGAAGAUUUGAUAAUGGGGAUAAUACUUGGCUUGGUACUGAUGAUAAUGCUUGGCCAGUGUCUUAUCACGGAACUGCUAAAUAUAAUGCAAGAUCAAUUUCUGAAGAAGGAUACUUGUUGAGCAAGGGAAAACGUUUCGCUUUUGGGCACGGUAUUUAUUCAACACCUGAUGUUCGUGUAGCCGAACGUUAUGCAACGGAAUUUGAGUUUGCCGGAAGGACAUACGUGAUAGUAAUUCAAAAUCGAGUAAAUCCAAAAGGUUUGGUCAAGAUUGCGGCGACUAGAACUGGGGAUGGCGAAUAUUGGAUUUCCAAGGAAGGGCAAGAUGUUAGGCCAUACGGAAUCUGUAUAAAAGAAAAGAGGAUUUCAACAUAUUCUGGAUUCUGA